CCAUUUAAUCCAUUGUGCCAAUGCGGAAGAGACCUUAAAGAGGAUUUACGUCAUCUUAGAAGCAGGGUCGGGUACUAGUUGUUCUUGAACCGGGCAAGCGUAAUUCAAUUCCAACAAGAAAAUCCAGUAACAAACGGCCUCUUGAACCCGACCCAUGUUGUCACGAAUCCGCUUAAAACCUAAUCAGAUUUUGGAUAAACCCGGAAACAGUUUACUUGCAGUCUUACACAGUACACGCUCACUCGCUUCGACUUUCAAUUCAAUUCCUCAAAAACUCGAAUUUGGGAAAAUCUUGAUGUGCAAUUCUGCUAAAAGAUGAGCUCAAUUUACUGCAAUUGUAUCAAUUUACAUCGCAACGCCAGAUUUGUUAGAUGCUAGAAGUACAAAUUUUAGCUAAGUAAUGACCAUCAUUGGCAGUCUUUUGUCUGCUAGGGUUUAUCUUCCCAAACCCUACCAGAAAUCCUUGAAAUGCACUCGGAAAAUUCGGUCAAAGACGCUAUUUCUUCACCAAUCAUUCACAGUUCUAUGCGAGUUGAAUUCAGGCUCCGCUCCACGGCCCAGUGACACUAAAAAAGAUGAUUUUGUCACGAGAAUUUUGAAGGAAAACCCUAGCCAAAUUGAGCCUACUUACCUAGUUGGCGACAAGUUCUACUCUUUGAAAGAGAGACAAAAUUUGAGCAAGAGUCAGAACAUGGAUUUUUUUGAAUUUUUAGCGAAGAGAUUGAAUAUCAAAGCAAAAUCUAAGAAAGAAAGAAAUGAGAGUCAAAAAGAGGAUGAGACUGUGUAUUUGAAGGAUAUUUUGAGGGAAUAUAAAGGUAAGCUAUAUGUUCCUGAGCAGGUUUUCGGCGCAGAUUUAUCUGAGGAAGAGGAGUUUGAUAGGAAUUUGGAGGAGCUGCCCAAGAUGAGCUUUGCGGAAUUUAGGAAAUCAAUGAAGAGUGAUAAGGUUAAGUUGUUGACUUCUAAGGAAGUUGCAGGCAGUACUUUAGGAAAUGGUCACAGAGACUUCAUUGUAGAUCUGAAGGAAAUUCCUGGCGAGAAGAGCUUACACAGAACCAAAUGGGCAAUGAGACUAAAUGAGAAUGAAGCUCAAUUACUUCUGGAGGAGUACAAGGGUCCACGGUAUGAAAUAGAGAAGCACAUGAAGUCUUUAGUGGGAAUAUUGCCAGAUUACCCUCAUCCAAUUGCAUCUUCCAUAUCUAGCAGAAUGGUGGUAGAGCUUGGAAUGUUGUCAGCUGUGAUAGCUGCUGCUGCAAUUGUAGUUGGAGGGUUCCUGGCUUCUGCAGUAUUUGCUGUUACCAGUUUCAUCUUUGUGAUGACUGUAUAUGUUGCGUGGCCUAUAGCGAAGCCAUUUUUUAAGCUUUUUCUUGGUAUCAUCUCUGGUAUUUUUGAGGGAAUUGCAGAUUGUCUUGUUGAUAUUUUCAGUGAUGGAGGAGUCUUCUCUAAAUUGUAUAAAUUUUACACUUUUGGCGGUGUAUCUGCCAGCAUUGAGAUGCUAAAGCCUAUCAUGCUUGUGCUUUUGACUAUGGUUCUUCUAGUCCGUUUCACCCUUUCAAGGAGACCUAAAAACUUCAGGAAGUGGGAUUUAUGGCAAGGAAUUGACUUUUCACGUUCUAAAGCAGAAGCUCGAGUUGAUGGUUCAACAGGAGUUAAAUUUAAGGAUGUUGCAGGGAUUGAUGAAGCAGUAGAAGAACUCCAAGAGUUGGUUAGGUACUUGAAGAAUCCAGAACUGUUUGAUAAAAUGGGGAUAAAGCCUCCGCAUGGAGUACUUUUGGAGGGUCCUCCUGGAUGUGGCAAGACCUUGGUUGCCAAGGCCAUAGCUGGUGAAGCUGGCGUUCCAUUUUACCAAAUGGCUGGGUCUGAAUUUGUUGAAGUCUUAGUUGGUGUUGGUUCUGCUCGUAUCAGGGAUCUAUUCAAGAGAGCCAAGGUCAACAAACCAUCAGUCAUUUUCAUUGAUGAAAUUGAUGCAUUGGCAACUAGGCGUCAAGGGAUUUUCAAGGAAUCUACUGACCACCUUUAUAAUGCUGCCACUCAAGAAAGGGAAACUACACUGAACCAGCUCUUGAUAGAGCUCGAUGGGUUUGACACAGGCAAAGGUGUCAUAUUUUUAGCUGCUACGAAUCGUAGAGACUUGUUAGAUCCUGCUCUUCUUCGACCUGGUCGUUUUGAUCGCAAGAUAAGAAUUCGUCCUCCUAAUGCUAAAGGGAGAUUGGAAAUUUUGAAAAUCCAUGCGAGCAAAGUGAAAAUGUCAGAAUCCGUUGAUUUAUCUACUUAUGCAAAAAACUUACCAGGAUGGACUGGAGCAAAGUUAGCUCAACUGGUACAAGAGGCUGCUCUUGUUGCUGUUCGGCAAGGGCAUGGAUCAAUUAUUCAGUCAGACAUGGAUGAUGCUGUUGACCGGCUUACAGUAGGACCGAAGCGUGUUGGAAUAGAGUUGGAUUAUCAGGGACAAUGUCGUAGAGCGAUUACUGAAGUUGGAAUUGCUAUGGUUUCUCAUUUGCUUAGGCGAUAUGAAAAUGCAGAAGUUGAAUGCUGUGAUCGCAUUUCAAUUAUCCCUCGCGGUCAGACAUUAUCACAAGUUGUCUUUCAUCGGCUGGAUGAUGAAUCAUACAUGUUUGAGCGUCGGCCUCAACUGCUGCAUCGUCUUCAGGUACUUCUUGGGGGGAGGGCAGCUGAAGAAGUAAUUUAUGGGCAGGAUACAUCAAGGGCAUCAGUUGGCUACCUUGCAGAUGCAUCUUGGCUUGCUCGUAAAAUUAUAACCAUAUGGAACUUGGAGAAUCCAAUGGUUAUACAUGGAGAACCACCUCCUUGGAGAAAGAAAGAAAGAUUCGUGGGCCCACGCUUGGACUUUGAAGGAUCACUUUAUGAUGACUACGGCCUAAUUGAACCUCCUGUAAACUUCAAUUUGGAUGAUCAAGUUGCACAGAGAACUGAGGAGUUAAUACAGGAUAUGUAUGAAAAAACAGUUUCUUUACUAAGACAGCAUCAUGCAGCUUUGCUCAAAGCUGCUAAGGUUCUUCUUAAUAAGAAGGAAGUUAGUGGAGAAGAAAUUGAUUAUAUUUUAGACAGUUACCCUCCUCAAACACACAUAAGUCUUCUUUUACAGGAGGAAAAUCCUGGAAGCCUACCAUUCAGCAGAAAAGAACUAGAGGAUGAACUUGAUUAUGCUCUGUUAUCUCCAUCAGAAGGGCAAACCCUAUGAAACAUAUACAGCCACAGAAGGCAACGAAUCAAUUUUGUAUCGAGACGGCCACAGAUGCAGAACUCACUCAGUACACAAAAACAUCAGCAGUAGAACCUUACAUGCUCUUUGAGAGGAUAAAUGAGAUUACACAUGAAAAUUAUUGUCAAUCAAAAAAUGCUGAUUGUAAAUUAUUCUGUAAUCUAUAUACUUCUCUUUGCCCUUGUUGGCUGAAUAAACUGAAGCUAACAAGAGAGAAAAGAAAAGGAAAACGAAAAUAAUUCUGCUAGUUGGUGCAUUAAUUUAUAGAACUCUUUUUUGGUGCAUUUUAAUAUCAAAAUAGGCUAAUUUUACAGUUUCA